AUGUCUUUAGACAACGCAGCUCAUCCUAUGCCUACUCAUCUCCCUUCAUGCUCGUCUUGCUCGGAUGAUACGUCUGCGUCAUCGGACAAAGCACAUGCCAGCGAUUGUGCCUCUCUUGAUUCUCGUGACGAGAUCCAGAAAGCCCCGAAACAUUCGGUCGCCCGACUGCUUUUCGUACAUAUCGGGGCUGCAAUGACCCUUUUUCUUGCUACGACAGAUUCUACUAUUGUAUCAACAUCUCUACCGACAAUCGUUAGCGAUCUCGGGGCCUCCCAGAGUCAAUAUACUUGGGUUGGGGUUGCGUAUAUGCUGACACAAACGGCUGGUCAACCCCUGUACGGAAGACUAUCCGAUUUGGUAGGGCGAAAGAACGUUUUGUAUGUCAGCAUGAUGAUUUUCGCCCUCGGAUCCUUGCUGUGCGGGGCUGCAAAGAGUAUUAUGUCCCUGAUAGUUUUCCGCGGAUUAGCCGGUCUCGGUGGCGGUGGUAUUGUCAGUUCCGUCUGGGUUAUCACAUCAGAAAUCGUCGAACCACAAAAUAGAGCAAAGUGGUCUCAGGCUCUUAGUAUUACUUGGAGCUGUUCUGCGGUCGCGGGCCCAAUACUCGGGGGAUUAUUCAGCACUGGCUUCUCCACGACAAUCAACUGGAGAUGGGCUUUCUACAUGAAUUUGCCUGUAUGCGCUUUCGCAUUUUUGCUGCUUUCAGUGUCACUGCGAGAUGUUACGCUCGGACACGCUAAGCACGCGUCAUGGAAAAACUUCACUGAAAAGUUUGAUUUUUUCGGACUUCUUCUCUUCAUGCUGGGUACCUGCUGUUUGGUUAUUGGUUUCAGCACGGCUAUGAGUAAUGGAUGGAAAUCGCCAUCCACGCUGCUGCUGGUCACUCUUGGCCCUGUGAUACUAGCCUGUGGUGGCUUCUAUGAAGUGUACACCACGCGCGAGGCAUUGUUCCCGCCUGCCGUAUUCAAAAGUCUCACUGUUGUGAUCAUUCUAACUGUCACAUUCCUUCACAACUUCGCAUUCACUUCAGGCACAUUUUACCUUGCACUCUACUUCCAAGCUGUAAAUGGUAUGACCCCAUUGCAAGCUGGUGUUCAGAUGCUGCCAUAUUCACUCGGAUCAUCAUUGGCUUCGGUGCCAGCCGCAUGGUUUAUUGCAAUCUUCCAGAAGCGCAAAAACAACACCAGCGGACAAAAAUGGAUGAUCGUCGGUGGACUACUGAUCUCUACCUUAGGUUUCGGUCUCCUGAUAACACUCAAGGAUGCCUCCUCGCAGUUUGCGCAAAUUUGUUUCCCCCUUAUCGCCGGUAUUGGAAUCGGGUUCCUCUUCCACGCCCCUUAUCAGGUUUUUGUGAAGGCAUUGCAUCCUUCGGAGCUCGCUACGGGAACUAGUGCAUUCUUCCUGGUAAGAUUUACAGGAGCUACCAUUGGCCUAGCGGUUGCUGGGAUGGUCUUUGAUAGACAAUUAUCUCACGCCUUACCUAUCGGUUACCAAAUCCAGGGAUCAUCUUCCAUCAAUUGGAGAUUACUGAGUCUUAUCGAGCCGCUCUCGUUGAGAAAUGAGGUCUUGGGUGCUGUGGCUCUGGCCAUUCAGAGCAUCUGGAUCGUUUCGGCCCCUCUGCUAGGUCUGGCUAUGGUGAUCUCGCUGUUUAUGAAGUCCUUUUCGGUAGAAACAACGGACCAUCAUGACGCCAUCCAGGAAAAAGCUUUACACCAAAAGUCAUGUAGCAGCUCACCGCAGCCGCCUAAUGAAGUUUAG